AUGAUAAGCUUGCCAUGGAGAGCAGCAUUGCGCAGCGCGCAAUCGACGCUGUGUAGGGACUGUCAGAAAAAUCUCCUUCUCUCAAGACUGUCAGCUACGACAAGAUCAUCUCCAGUUCGGGAUCCUCGCUUUUUCAGCACUGCAGGCCGAUUACAAAUACGUAACUUCUCAUCCCAUCCUGCCAGACGAAAAGACAAACCACCACCCGACCCUUUGGCCGUUGAUGAGAGUUCAGAAGAUACCCAAGCGGGGAAAGUGGACAAUGAGCUACGGGAGGAUUCCCGGUCAGAAGAUAGCGUUGAAGCGAAGGACAAGCCACCCGAACCGCAACCCAUACCUACUUCCUCUUCCGGCAGUUCCAAAGUCAGUAGUGGAAGUGGAGGCGAAUCAGGAUCUGGCAGCGACGGAGAUGGAGGACCGCGGCGAGGAAGGAAGCCGGUUACCGAGAGGGCUUUGCAAAAGCCAACGGUGCCAGAGAUCUAUCCACAGGUCAUGGCUAUACCAAUAGCCAAACGGCCAUUGUUCCCUGGUUUCUACAAGGCAAUCACCAUUCGUGAUGCGAGUGUCACUUCGGCAAUACAAGAGAUGAUGAAAAGAGGUCAGCCAUACGUCGGGGCUUUUCUUUUCAAGGACGAAGCAGCAGAUAAAGACAUCAUAGAGCGAAAAGAGGACGUGCACGAAGUGGGAGUUUUCGCCCAGAUCACCAGUGCCUUUCCUGUCCAUGGUGAAGAGAAUAGUCUUACAGCUGUAUUGUAUCCUCACCGCAGAAUCAGGAUGACUGCCCUCAUGCCUCCAUCCAAGGGCAAGCCCGCACCUGACGCGCCGGCACCAAUGGUGGAAGUUGCUCCUAUUAGGGAAGAAAAGUCACAGAUUGAUGGCACAGCCGAAAACAGAGGCGAUGUUGUUGCAAGUUUUGAAGAGCCAAACAAAGACCAGACCGCAAAUCAGAUUCAUCAAUACGAGCCUACAGCCUUCUUACGCAAAUAUUCUGUCUCCCUUGUCAAUGUCGAGAAUCUAGCAGAGCAACCGCACGAGAAAAGGGACCCGGUAAUACGCGCUACGACUUCUGAGAUUGUCAACGUGUUCAAAGAAGUUGCAAAUCUCAAUCCCCUCUUCAAGGACCAAAUUUCUGAUUUCAGCAUGUCCCAGUCGGCAGGCAACGUGAUAGAAGAACCAGCCAAGCUUGCAGAUUUUGCUGCAGCAGUGGCUGCAGGGGAGACUUCUGAGCUACAGGACGUCCUGCAAGAAAUGGAUGUUGCUGCAAGGCUACAGAAAGCGCUUAUCGUUUUGAAGAAAGAGCUCAUGAACGCAAAGCUGCAGUCCAAGAUCUCGAAAGAUGUGGAGCAAAAGAUCCAGAAAAGGCAACGGGAGUAUUGGCUUAUGGAACAAAUGAAAGGCAUUCGACGAGAGCUUGGGAUUGAAUCAGACGGGAAAGACAAGCUGGUGGAGAAGUUCAAAGAGAAGGCUGAGAAGCUUGCUAUGCCCGAUGCUGUAAAGAAGGUCUUCGAGGAGGAAUUGAACAAGUUGGCUCAUCUAGAACCAGCAGCGUCAGAAUUUAACGUCACCCGAAACUACCUUGACUGGAUUACUCAGAUUCCAUGGGGCCAGAAAAGCGCAGAAAAUUUUGGGAUCAAGAAUGCUAUGUCGGUCCUGGAUGAGGAUCACUAUGGCCUCAAAGACGUCAAAGACCGCAUUCUAGAGUUCAUCGCUGUGGGAAAACUCCGUGGCACUGUGGAGGGCAAAAUUCUGUGCUUCGUGGGUCCGCCUGGUGUUGGCAAGACUUCGAUCGGAAAGUCGAUCGCAAGGGCACUGAACAGACAAUACUACCGAUUCAGUGUUGGAGGUCUGACUGACGUCGCAGAAAUCAAAGGCCAUCGAAGGACCUAUGUCGGAGCUUUACCAGGGCGAAUCAUACAAGCAUUGAAAAAGUGCCAGACCGAAAACCCUCUCAUUCUGAUCGACGAGGUUGAUAAAAUAGGUCGGGGCCAUCAAGGUGAUCCAUCAUCUGCUCUGCUGGAACUUCUCGACCCGGAGCAGAACAACAGCUUUCUAGAUCAUUACAUGGACAUUCCUGUAGACCUUUCGAAAGUUCUUUUUGUCUGCACCGCCAACAUGACCGACACCAUCCCACGUCCUCUCCUCGACCGUAUGGAAAUGAUAGAGUUGAGUGGCUACGUCUCCGACGAGAAGAAGGCUAUUGCUGAACGCUAUCUUGCGCCACAAGCCAAAGAACUAAGCGGUCUCAAAGAUGUCGAUGUUACUCUUGAUGCCUCGGGAAUUGAAGAACUAAUAAACAAAUACUGCCGCGAGUCCGGAGUACGCAACCUCAAGAAGCAGAUUGAGAAGGUCUACCGCAAGUCUGCACUUAAAAUCAUCCAAGACCUCGGUGAGGAAGCGUUCCCCGAGUCAGAGGCAUUGACAGCCGAAGGUAAAGCCGCGCUACAGGAAGCUGAAAAGGACGACUCAGACGUCAAGGAGACACCGGAAGACAUCUCGAAAGAGACCACCGAGAAACCUCGGGUCGCUCUCAAGGUGCCCGACACCGUUCACGUGACCAUCUCACGGGAUACACUCAAAGACUACGUAGGCCCUCCCAUCUUCACCUCCGAUCGCCUUUACGACAAAACACCUCCCGGCGUCGCCAUGGGCCUGGCAUGGACCUCUAUGGGAGGCGCCGCCCUAUACGUCGAAUCCAUUUUCGAUUCCGCCCUCACCUCCUCUUCUCGCCCCAUGCUCGCACCGACCGGCAACCUGAAAGCCGUCAUGAAAGAAUCAACCUCCAUCGCCUAUAGCUACGCCAAAUCUCUCCUCGCGACCAAAUUUCCCCAAAACAGGUUCUUUGAGCACGCUCGCAUCCAUCUCCAUUGUCCGGAGGGGGCGGUGCAGAAGGAUGGGCCUUCAGCAGGUAUCACGAUGGCGACGAGUCUGCUGAGUUUAGCGCUGCAGAGGGAAAUCGAUCCCACGGUCGCGAUGACCGGGGAGUUGACAGUGACAGGGAAGGUUUUAAGGAUUGGCGGGUUGAGAGAGAAGACCGUUGCGGCGAGAAGGGCCGGUUGUACGAGGAUUUUGUUCCCCAGGGAUAAUUGGGGGGAUUGGUGUGAGCUGCCUGAGAAUAUCAAACAAAACAUCGAAGGCCACGCUGUGGACUGGUACAGCGAUGUCUUUGAUAUCAUCUUCCCAGGUCUGGAUGCCGAGGCAGCGAACUCGGUGUGGGAAAAGCAGUUGAAGGAGCCGGAGAAGGAGAAGAAGAAGCGGAAGACUAAGUCUUCGUCGUCGUCGUCUUCUUUCUCGAAGUCGGACGAUGACGACAGCGAUGAUGACUGA